AGCUGCUGGGCCGUGACCAGCGCGCGCACAACAUGGCCUUGAUCUUCCACAGCAGUGGCGUCUCUUCCCCCGCAUCCUCUGGCUCACUCCACCGUCCAUCCCCAGCUCUAGACUUGGCGCGAGCUUGGGCUACAUGCCUGUCGACUGUCUGGGGCCGUGAAGCUGUAUAAGUAGAACCUGGGGAUCCUCAACGGCGGGUCCUCCCCCAGCGCAAACGCGUCCCACCAGCUCCACGCUCCCCACGAGGUCGGGCCCAGACCCACAGCAACCUUCUUCUGCCUCAAUUGGACCCUCUUGUCCUUGUCAAUCCAAGCCAGACAUCGCUCCCCGACGCCCCAGCUAUGUCUCACCGCAACAGCAACGUCGUCGCUGUCGACGCGGAACAGGCUCGCCGCCUUUCCAUGGCCGUCCCGGACAUCAAGCAGGUCGUCCACGAUGCCAGCAAAGGAACACAGUCUGAACAGCACAUGACGCUGAAGCAAGGCAUACAGCUCUACCCAAAGGCCAUUGCUUGGUCCGUUCUACUCUCCGCAGCCAUCAUCAUGGAGGGUUUCGACAAGGUUCUCAUCGCCAACCUCAUGGCCGUGCCAGCCUUCAAGCGAAAGUUUGGCUCACAGCUCCCCAAUGGCGACUGGGAGCUGACGGCAGCCUGGCAAGCCGGCCUUACAAACGGCGCCUACGUUGGCGAGUUUACGGGUUUGCUGCUCAACGGCCUGAUUGCCGACCGAUUCGGAUACAAGAAGACGAUGAUUGGCGCCCUCUUCGCCACCAACCUCUUCAUCUUUAUUGUGUUCUUCGCGCAGAACAUCACCAUGCUCCUGUGCGGUCUGAUCCUGUGCGGCAUUCCCUGGGGUGUCUUCCAGACGCUCACAUGCACGUACGCCGCAGAAGUCGUUCCAGUCCCGCUUCGCCCGAUCCUCACAACCUACGUCAACCUAUGCUGGGUCAUUGGCCAGUUCCUCGCCUCAGGUGUCCUCAAGGGCGUGGCUGAAAUACCCGACCAAUGGGCCUACCGCAUUCCCUACGCCCUGCAGUGGCUGUGGCCUCUCCCACUGAUGAUCGGCAUCUCGUUUGCCCCAGAAUCCCCUUGGUGGCUCGUGCGAAAGGAUCGCUAUGACGACGCCAAAAAGAUGCUGAUGCGCUUGACGUCUCCCGAAAAGCUUCCCGAGUUCAAUGCCGACGAGACCAUUGCCAUGAUGCGCCACACAAACACCAUGGAAAAGGCGGUAUCUGAAGGCACUUCGUACCUAGACUGCUUCAAGGGAACCGACCUCCGACGAACCGAGAUUUCUGCCAUGGCUUGGUUUACCCAGGCUUUCUGCGGUGCUGGCCUCAUUGGCUACAGCACUUACUUCUUCCAGCAAGCCGGCCUCAGCGACUCGAAUGCCUUCUCCAUGAGUCUGGGCCAAUACGCAAUCGGCGCUGUGGGUGUCUUUGCCGCCUGGAUCCUCAUUCAACGAGUCGGACGUCGCACCCUGUACGUUGUCGGCGACCUUGUCAUGGUGAUACUUUUGUGCAUCAUUGGCGGUCUCGGUGUGAUCCCAAAGGGCAAUGUUAGUGCGCAAUGGGGAAUUGGUGCUAUGCUUUUACUCUUUGCUGCGGCGUACAACUGUACUGUCGGCCCAGUCUGCUACUCAAUCGUUGCGGAAAUCCCCUCUACUCGCCUUCGACAAAAGACGGUCGUCAUAGCGAGGAACUUUUACAACUUUGGAUCCAUCAUUGGUAACAUCAUCACCCCACGCAUGCUCAAUCCUGGUGCGUGGAAUUGGGGCGCCAAGAGCGGUUUCUUCUAUGCUGCAACUUGCUUUGGCUGCCUCGUCUGGGCUUUCUUCCGCCUUCCGGAACCCAAGGGCAGGACAUUUGGAGAACUCGACAUUCUCUUUGAGAGGCGCGUACCUGCCCGCAAAUUUGCAUCCACUGUUGUAGACAGCUUUCAUACUGUAAGCGAUGGGGAUAGCGACUAUACGGAGAAGAAGGGUGUCUCGACUCAUCUUGAGCAAGUCCAUUCCAAGGAUACCAUGUGACAUUACCAAAGAGUGAAAAAUGACAGCGCUAUGUGGACUUUCGAUUUUCAUGACUUGUAUGUAGCACGUGCGAUGCAGUCUGAUGUUUUUGCUUGUAUAUAGACCCCUGUACUUUGUGCUUCUUCUUUCUAGCCUGAAGCUUUCAUGUAAUGUAUUCAAGGUGCUUUGAUUCAGUGUAGUGUCGC